AUGGCGCCGCAGCAGGAGAUUCCAGUUGCAGCUAACGUGCUCGGUACAAUCGGUACUAUCCUUUGGUGCAUACAGACGAUCCCUCAAAUAUGGACCAAUUGGAGGACGAAGAAGACCGAUGGUCUACCUGGCUCUAUGAUGUACCUCUGGGCUCUGUGCGGAGUGCCGUUCGGGGCCUAUAACGUCGCACAGAGAUUCAAUUACCCAUUGCAGGUACAGCCGCAAGCCUUUAUGGCCUUAUGCCUUGUGAAUUGGUGUCAGAUUUUGCUAUACAGUAGCAAGUUCGCGCUUUGGAAGGUCAUCCUCAUAGGCCUAGCCAACGCCGCAGCCUUUGCUGGGGUCGAAGCGGCAUUGGUCGUCACACUUCAGCCAUUAUAUGAUGCGGGAAAUGAGACCGGAGUCUUGGUAGUCGGUAUCAUCGCCAAUAUUCUCCUAGCAGUCGGUUUGUUACCGCCGUACGGAGAAAUUUGGAAGCGCAGAGGAAGAGUCAUUGGGAUCAACUUCAUUUUUCUCUCGAUGGACUGGUUCGGAGCCUUCUUCUCUCUCAUGUCACUUGCCGCUCAGAACAGCUUUGACGUCUUAGGUGGCGUAUUAUAUAUCGUAUGCAUAACCCUAGAAACUGGUAUAUUUCUUUCGCAUAUCAUCUGGUUAUUCCGCACCCGUAAACUGAGGAAGGAGGCGGCAUUGAAUGGGAAGACAUUCGACGAUGUUUUGGCUGAACACGAGGAGCAGGGAGUACCCUUCAAAUUUUCUGAACGUAAAUUCUCCAAAAAGAGUAAAGAGAAGCAAAAUGAUGUAGAGAUGGGCGUUGCUGGGGACGAUAGAGAAUUAAGAAGUGAGGCGCAACGAAAUUCAGGCGAGGAGAACGCCCAUAAUACCGCCCUAACAUCAGGAACCGAUACGAAGGAAGAAAAACCGUAG